UUAGCGUCCAAAACUCGAUUGCGUGACCGCCGUGUUGCUCGACCAAGUGCCAAUCAUCGCGCGCUCUUUAAAUACAAUCGAUUGUACGGGAAACCCACUUCAAGGUGCAACACAUUCUAUUCUCGCGCGACCACAAAUGCCCCCCCGGUGCUUUAGCGGCGUCCACGAGGGUCCAUGUGCCAUCGCAGACUGGGGUCGCUGUGAGUACGGCUGGCUGCGCCUCGCACCCGUGUACCUCUACCUCCUCGUGUGGAUCGUGCUGGGACUGUACAUGCUUUCGCGCAACGGCCCUCCCCACGGUCUCUUUCGAAGCGAUGCGACUACGGUGCAUGACCACGUCGCGCAAGGCAUCGCGAUCGCUUCGUCGCAGCGCAAGUACCGGUCGUUGCGGCAGCAGCGAUUUCAGCGUGCGGUGCGACUAUUAGCCAUGUGGGCCGAGCACCCCCAGUUUACCCUCAUGCCGUUGGGUCUCGCGUUUCGCAUCACAGGCUCCGUGUUCCGCUUGAAAUACGUCUUGUUUGCCUUUAGCUUGACGCGCGAGGCGGCCGAUGCGCUGCUAGCUUUUUCCUGUGGUGGGCUCUUGCUUCUCUUGUAUAGUGUCAAGCAAUGCAACACCGUCCGACGGCGGUUGGUGCAGCCUCUCGCCUUCGACUUGUUUUACAUCCCGAUGGUCGCGACCUUUCUUCGGCUCGGGACGUGCCCAAUGGGCAUCGAACACGUUGCGUUGCCAGGUAGCGUCAUCUGCGACUGCGUCGACAGCUUUGGCUACUUUUGGGCCCUCGGACUGAUCUCGUUCGUCUUGCAUUAUUGUGGCGCGCUGCACCACAAGAUGAACGUCGAGCCACUCGCAACGACUGUGGACUUUCGCUUUCAGCCGAGCUACCAGUUUUUCAUCGUCAUGGCCCGGACACUCUGCCCGAUCGUGUCGAUUCUGGCCAGCAACGCCGACGCCAGCCGCAACGAGACCAUCGGCCUCCUAACCGGCCUUCUACUUGUCUGGAGCUUCCUCCUCGAGUACUCGUACCGCACCCAACCGUGCAUUGGUAGCGGAAGCAGUCCCAACAAUAUUCGCGUGCUCGCCUUCUCGAGCGCCAUCUACACAACGCUCGCGUCCAUUGGUGUCUUGACGACCGACGCGAGUCCCUCGACGCUGCUCUGGACGCUCGUGCCGCUGCCACUCGUCGGUGUCGCUGCAUGGAAGGUCAACGACCGCCGCGCGCGCUUGUUUCACAUUCCCAACGUCUCGAUUGUCGAGCUGUUGAGGGAUGAAUCACCAACAAUCCAGUUGGUCGGGGCCGUCGCAGCACUGUACGUCAACCCGAACCGCCUCGUACAAUCGGACCACGAGAAGCUCUUGGUGGAGCUACGUCGACUGGCGCAUGGCCCGAUGCACACUCCGCUUUGUCGUUUGUAUGCGCUGCGAACACUGUGGUUUAGUCACGUUGAGAUCUUUGUUGCCCGGAAGCCGCUACUUGCGAUCGGUGAGGUACGAACGGCUAUUCUGCAAAACUAUUGGCUCAAGGACCGAGCCAAUGGCGACCGACCGCCCCGUCAGCACAAUUUGCGACCGCGAUCUAUUAAGCUUUCAAGUCAAAUCCUCAACGUGGUCGUCGAACGACGAGUGGGUCGACGUCGGACGUCAUUCUCGAUGCUUUUAGCUAAUCGGGUACGCAGCAACUGCAAUGGAGCCUCGCAUCGGACCACGGGUCCGUCGGCCGAUCACAUUGCACUCCAGUCGCCAGCGACGACCACUAAAUGCAGCGUCGUCAACAUUCGAGGCGCACCGUGGAUCUCUUACAUUCAACCAACCGACGACGUCGUCGCGACAGCCAACGACUUCUUUCGCUUGGCGCUCGACAUUUGGGCGCAAAGCGCUGCGCAUCAAGACCGCGUCGCCAUGCGUGAAUGUGCGCUCUUUCUACUCCAGUGGUAUCGCACCGGCCACCUGAACCUCCAGCCCGUUGUCUACCUUCAGAUCUUAUCCGCGCUCUGCAUGGUCGGAACCACCAAGCACAUCAUCGAUGCCACCCACAGCUUGUACAACGCGACGCUCGACAAGGUCACACCCGUGAAUCUCUGGCUCGAGCACCCCGGGUGCAUCGACCACUUUGCCUUUGCACUCAAAGUGCAAAGUCGAUCGACGGUGACCAAGUGUGCCUCGAUAAUGGCGCUGAUCGUGGAGAGUGCGAAGUCGACACGGGCCCCGCCGCGACGCUGGACGCCAGCGGCGAUCGAGAGCGUCGAGGUGGCGUUGUCGGCAUGGACGCACGUAUACCGCAUCAGCGACUGCCUCGAGCGCGUGUACACGUACCUCUUUGAGAUCCACCCGACAAAAGCGCGGCUGGAUGCCGCUCCGUUGAAGCAAGUGUUGCGAAGCUGCCAAACCGUCUCGACGCUCACUUCUACAUCAAGGCGCGAGGCGGUGGCUCCAAUAGUGGUGCCGCCACAGCUCAUUCGGUCGGCGUCUUUUCGUCGGCUUUCGGCAGUGAGUCCGGUGCCCGAGCUACCGGCGCUGUGCAAAAGAACGAGCGAAUUUGUGCGCAGCCCGACGGUGGGGCGACGACGGAGCAGUGUCACCGAGCAAUUGGCGUCGAUAGGGUUGACAUCGCCAAGCAUCAACAUGUCCGGGGGGUUGUCCACGUAUCAACCUCGACGGUCGUCGCUGCAGCCACCCGGUGCGACGCCGGCCGUGGUCAAGCUAGAGGUUCUCGCGGCCGUCGACCAACGGCGGUCGCAGCGCGGACAAUUCAUCGAGAUCCUCGACCGCGCCUACGACUUGCACGCGGCGACGCGACUGCAUUGCAUCAGGUUUGGCUUUGCCGAGGCAAUCCAAAGCGCUAUUGAGUUGUAUUACUCGUCGCUCGAGUGUGCCAUCCACGACUACGUCGAAACGGCGCUCGAUCCGGCCGUCUACGAGUUUUUUCUACCCCACUUGUCAGCGUAUGUACCGCCGACGCCGACGCUCCGGCGCCGAUCGUGGUGGCGACAGUAGCCGUCAUCCAUCCCAUUUGCAUAGCGUAGAAUUGGGUGGGUUUUCGUUAAAAAGAAAUGAAGUGUAAAAUCCACAGA